AUGGAAGAAUUCACCCUGGAGAGAGAUCGUACGGCCAUCACAAAUGCCCCAUUGCUGCUUGGCGAUGCGGUCAUCUUCUUCAGCCCGGAAGAGUGGGCCUUGUUGAGUGUUGCACAAAAGAAGCUCUACAGGGAGGUGAUGAUGGAAAUCUUGGAAAACCUGGACUUCAUAGUUCACACAAGGGAGAGACCUUAUGAAUGUCAGGACUGUGGGAAAGCCUUUUUACGUUCAGGUGCCCUCACUGAACAUAGAAGAAUCCACACAGGAGAGAGACCUUACGAGUGUCAGGACUGUGGGAAAACAUUUUCACGAUCAAGUAACCUCACUGUACAUCGAAGAAGUCAUACUGGAGAGAGACCUUAUGAGUGUCAGGAGUGUGGGAAACCAUUUUCUUGA